AUGGGCAUCGCCGGCAGCAGCGACCUCGAUCUCGGAAACCUCGAAGAGCUCCCCAAGCUCAGCACGAGCCUAAUCGCUGGCAGCCUACAGAACCUUCAGCACAACGAUGAAAACUCGGGCAGCUCUGACUCCGGCUCUGACUCCGGCUCGUCUUCGGGCUCGAGCUUCAUGGGCUUCGCCGGCAGCAACGACCUCGAUUUCGGUAAAUUGGGCGAAGAGCUCCCUGAGUCUGACUCGAGCUUCCUUCUUGGCAGCCUUCAGAACUUCCAUAGCAAUGAGAACAAGAGGUCCGAGUCUGGCGAUGGCUCCGGCGAUGGUUCAACCUCUGGAUCAAGCUUCAUGGGCUUUGCAGGCACUGAUGACCUUGAUUUUGGUAACGCGGAGGAGCUUCCUGAAAAUGAGUCGAGCUUUCUUCUCGGGAGCCUCCAGAACUUCAACAAGGGGGAUGACCAGAAAGACGAUAACUAG